AUGGACCUCGCGGUCCGGGCCCAGUGGGCACUGCAGCAGCCAAUUAGUUCAUGCCACGUUAGCGCAUCGUCAGCAGCUCGGCGCAAAUCAGAAUAUACCAGCCGCAGCUUCGGCGGGAAUGGCGGAAGCCCGAGCUUUCUCCUACUCUCCUGUUGCGCCCGCUUUCCCGCGCGGAAUUCCUCCGCGCGCAGUCGAAACUCCGCCGCUUCCGCCGCUCGUCCGCGCGCGGUCGUCGUUCUCCGCGCGGGCAGCCGCCCAUCAGCACCUCCAGGCAGAAGAAAAAGAAUGCCGGCUGUUGUGAUCGUGUCCAUUGGCGGAGGUUCGGGGUUAGGUAUGAGAGAGGCAGGUUCGGCAGUAGGCUCGGCAUGGGGCAAUGCAGGUUCAGAAAGGGAACCAGCAGGCUGGGUGAAGGCGAGGGGAAGCACAGUGGCAGCAGCAACUGCUGUCUCAUUGGCAGGAGACGGAUCAAAUCUGUAUAGUGACGUAUCAAAUUUGGGCGAGCCAAUCGUGGAACAAGACGUGCUGGCUCAGCAGCAGCAGGGGGAGAUGGAGCAGGGGAAGGGCGGAGCAGCAGCAGCAGUAGCAGCAGCAGCAGCAGCAGGGGUGAGGGGUGUGCAGUCGCUGAUGGGCAUGGAGGGCACGUGGCAGCUCCUCGUGUCGCCAGCUGGCGGCCGAUUCGUGGAGUCGUUUGUCGGGCAGCACAUCUGGAGCGUGUCGGGUUUUGCUGGCCAAUCAGAAACCAGCGAAUCCGAUACCGAAUCUAGCGCUUCGUCAAGUAGCUCAUCCGAUAUCAUAUCUGAUACCUUAUCAGAUAGCUCGUCUGAUAGCUUAUCGGACGAUGCACUCAAAGAUUCAGUUUGCCGCCCGGAAAUCCAAUCUACGGUGUGGGACGUGGAUACGGCCGGGCGGGUAUCUUCGUUGGAUCUGGACGACCACGAGGUGUAUCUGCUCUCCGUGUGGCUGCGCUCGUCUCUUUGGCUGCUGCCGCCCGUCGCCAGCUCAGCACUUGAAAUAAGAGCAGUGGGCGGCGAAGAGGAGAUUGGGGAAGGCGGAUCACUUGUUGGCAUUCCGAACGGCAUGCGGAUGGAGAUUGAUGCACACGUGGCAGCUGAUGAUAGGGAGAUCUUGGCGAUUAACCUGAUUGGUCAAGAGGUCAUCAUGUAUGUGGCGGUGCAUCGCUCUGAUUGGCUGCCAAGAGUGGCAGUGGUGAAGGCCUACGGGGCCCUCGAGACCUUCACCUUCACCCAAUGGGCGCCUGUAGCGCCUGACUGCCCGUUCCUGCUGCCCGCUACAGUGCACAGGUCAACAUCAGCAGGCGCACAGCAAUCUUUUACAUCUGCCCGAACCUCCUUACUGCCGCCCGGUCCUGCCCACAUCCUGCUACAUGAGAAGGAAGCUUCCGAUUCUGAAUCCAAUGAAGCUUCUGAGGAAGCUUCGCCCUUCUCAUUCUCAUACGACAUGCCGGGGUCUCAAACCGUCCCCAGCCCAUUGAGCUGCUUCCCGGAAGCUUCCUUUGACGAGAGCUUACCGGCAGAUGUGGAGCUAUUCCAGUCCAACAGCGGGCAUCUGCUGGUGCGGCCGCGAAUCAACGGCCAGGAUGUGGGCUACUUCAUUCUGGAUUCGGGUGCAAGCUGCUUCACCAUCGAACCAGCUGUAGCAGACGGGCUGGGGCUAUCGAGCUUUGGGUGUGUGCACACUGUGACAGUGCACGGGCCGGCAGAGUGUGCCUUCAGACGAGCAGACUCGGUGCAACUGGGUCCUCUCUCCAUCAGCAACGCACUCUUUGUUGAUGUGGGAGGAGCAGCGCUGGUGCAGGGGUUGAAGCCGGUGGUGGGGAUCUGCGGCUACGAUGUGUUCAGACACGCCGUUGUGCACGUGCAGGCACGGGGCAGAAAAGGGACCCUCCGGCUGUACAAACCCCAAGAAACACCCGAUGCUCCCAAAGCAAGCAGCAAUGCAACAGCAGGCAGCACAGAGAAUGGCAGGAGCGGGGAGGCGGACACAUCUGAAACAGGGCUGGUACAAUCCGCUGCUGCCUUUGCGGAUGGAUCCGCAGCAAAUGCUCCUGUGCCUCCUGGUGUUGCCAUGGCACAAAGACGGGGGAGAGGAGGGGCGAGAGGGGGAGGCGGGGCAGGAGGCAGGGUUGGGGGAGGGGUGGCAGUGGUCUCUGCUGCUCUGGUGGGAGGCCACCCCUCCAUGCCUGACCUUGGGGAAAACAUCUACUGGGAGGUGGGUGGAUACUGGGAAGUGGAUGGCUGUUGGUGUAAGCCGCUGCGCAUGCUGGGCAGCGUGCCUCACAUCGCCAUCUCCUUUCAAGAGCACUGGGACUCGGCCCCCCAGUCCGGCCUCUUUCUCCUCGACACCGGAGCAGCAGGGGUGGACAUAAUUUUCAACGCGCGGGCGGUGGAGCGCUGUCAGCUGGGGAGGAGGGCCAAGGGGGGAGAUAGUUGGCUCAAGGGCAUGGGGGGAGCAGGGGGAGGGGGAGGCGGACAGCAGAUGACGCCUUUGAAGCACGGGAGCAGCAGGGGUGGACAUGGUUCUCAACGCGCGGGUGGUGGAGCGCUGUCAGCUGGGGAGGAGGGCCAAGGGGGGAGAUAG